AUGAAGUUCUCCAAGCAGCUGUCCGCCCAGGCAGAUCUGCGCUACCUGAGUCAGUACAUUUCCUACAAGGACCUCAAGAAGGCCAUCAAGGUGAUCACAGGCAGCGACGUCCAAGUGUGCACCGUUCAAGAUGUCGUCUCGAAUUUUGGGCAAACCAACGCUCUCACAGGGGCGCUCUUCAGGCCCCCGGAGUCGCGUUUCCAGGAUCUGCUGAACCACGAGCUCGACAAGAUCAACUCUUUUUCCCGCGAUGAAGUAUCGGCGAUUCUUGACCGGCUGCGCGCGGCGCAGGCGACCAUGCGGCGCCUGCAUGCCGCCCUCACGCUGCUGUCGCUCUCCCCAGACUCGCCCGCGUACGCCGAGGCGCAGGCGCGCAUGCAGCACCUGGCACAGAAGGAGCGGGAGUGUACAGCGACGGCCGCGGAGCGGGCGGAGGGGAUUCGAGGCCGCGAGGGAGACUCGAAGCUGCUGGUGCCACGCGAGGAGAGCGGAGAGUUCGGAGCCUCCUGCCAAGAGAGUCGUCUCACGAGGGACGGGAACGGCCCUGCCCUGGCCUCUGGCAGCGACGCCCAGACUGAAGGCGUCGAACGACGAGGCCAUAGCGGGGUCGACGCAGGGGAGGCGUUGCGCGGAAACGACGCCAAGUCCGCGGGCGCGCCCGAGGAGUUGAUUCGUCUUCAGAAGGAGCUUUUGGAAGUCGAGGGCGUCUUGGAGGCGCAGAGUCAUGAGAUUGUCUUUUUGGACUCGUUCGUCCGGUUGAAUUUCACCGGCUUCCGAAAGAUCACGAAAAAAUACGACAAACACAACAGGAGCUCCGCAGCCAGCUGGUACAUGUCCCGCGUCGUGCGCCAGGACUUUAUGAAUUUGAACUUCACGCUCCUCCUCACGAACCUCGCCAGCGGCUACGCGUCCCUCCGCUCUCUGCGGCGCCUCUUCGCCGAGCAGCAGCACUCCUUCAGCGUGCGCACUCCCGCGGGGGCCAGCCAGCCCGAGGCGGCUGCAAGCCGUGGGCGAGACCCGGAGGGGGGCACGGGUCGCUCGAAGCCCGACACGCAGCGGGCCACGGAGCCCGACAGCUCGUGGGGCGUGAGCGGGGCACAGAGGGGCGAAGGCGCGGGGGACGGGGCGACCUCGCGGUUCUACUCUCCGGCGGGCGGCAGUCUUCCCGGAGACGGCGCAGGCGACCUCGGGGCGCGUGCCAACUCCACCAAGUACCUGGUGCCUCCCGACGAACUCGUGAAAGUGAAGGUGAUGACCGCGAAGCAUCUUUCGCUUCUCGCUGCGGGAGGCGUUCCCGUGUCGGGCUCCGUCUCCUCGCCCUUCGCCGGCGACGACUCGGCGGCAGCUGGCGAGAAAGCUCUUAGAGGCAAGGAACAAGCGUGGCAAGUCAUUGGCGGGGGACGAACUCCCACUUGGGACGUGUAUUUGGACAACGAAGAGUUCACCUUCUACACUGCAACACGCAUGCAGGGAACAGCGGCUGCUGGCGCUGACCCCCUGGGCGGCACCUGUCGGCUCGUGCGCGUGCGAUGGCAAGGGGCACCGAGUCUGAACUCCGCAGGGCGGCUAGUGGCGCUGGAGCUCAGCAGGCCAGACGAAUCGGCCGCAGAUCCUCAGGAGGACAUCACCAGGCCUCUGACUAGCAACGCCCCCGGGCUUCUCGCGUCUCCGUACGUAGUGAUUCUGCGUCACACGCAGCUGCAGCAGCUCCUCCAUGGCCAGGUGGGGCCUGCCCAGCUGGUGGAUGAGCUUGCCGCGGAAAUGGAGUCGGCGGCCGGCGCAGGCGACGCGGAGACGGCGGCGCCGAAGGAGAGAAGCACCGCCCGGGGAGCAGACGAGGCUGCAGCGGGUGCGGUUUCGUCGCUGGCUAAAGAGAAGAGAAAGGAACAGAUGCUUCACGUGCUCCAAACCGUGUGGGAUGCUGUCACGAAGUACCGCGUCGCCCCUGGGAUGAGGACAUGGUUCUACAGAACAGCAUUCAAGAGUGAAGACGGGGCGGUCUGGAUCGCCCUAGACGAGGACAUUCGCUUCUCGCGCGAGAUGAAGCAAACCCCGCCUGCGAACCAGUGGAUUCGAUCUGAGACAGACGCGCUCUCGACUGACGACGUCUAUCCAUUCCCAUGGGGCGUGCUGGACGUCUCUGUGCGCGUCCCAAGCUCUGCGGAUUCCGCCGGGCCGCCUCAGCAGGAGGCCACUCUCGGCAGGGCGGAGCUUGACGAGUUCGCUGCCGACCUCCGCGGUCUAGAGACAGUGACGGAGGUGCGGGGCUUCUCGCUGUUUGCGCACGGUGCCGCGUACUUGUACACGCCGCAGCUUCAGCAGCUGCAGGCCGCGAUGAGCGGCAGCAGGGGCGCGGGUUCCAGCGGGUCUGCGUCGAGGCCCCGCGGGGUGGAUCUCAUCCCCCACUGGCUGCAGUACACCAGCAGCGCAGAGUUCGACGAGGAUCGGGCGCCAGGCCUCGAGGAAGCGGACGGAAGGCGCGCGAAGGCUGGGGACUCGACAGUGGAACAGGAGCGCCAAGCGCGGAGCCAGGGAGACAGCGGCGGCGACCGCGGUCGCAGCGCUGGCGGCGCCGGAGGCCUUUCGGGCUCCGCGGCCAGCCACCGCGGGCGCGCGAUCGACGUCGUUCUCAAAGGCACGUCCGCGUCUCUUGUUCACGAACUGCAAGCGAGCGCACAGGUGUCGCCGCCUGCUUCGUCCGGCUUCGACCAGUACGGCUGCAGCUACCGCCCGCCGCCCUCGGGGUGUGGGCGGCAGUCGUCGACUUCCAGCUUGCUCGCCGACGCGCCUUCGCUUCCGCUGCCCGCGCCACCUGUCCUCGAGGGCUCGCCUCUGUGCCGGGGGCCGGCGCCGGGCCUGCUAAGCCAGCCGCUGCUGGACGACGGAGGCGCCGGCGUCUCGGGGGGCGGGCACGGCGCUGCGUCGCGGCGAGGCGGCGCAGGCCUGCUGCCCUCGUCGUGGCUGCGCACUUGCGCGCGCUACUGGCGGCGCUGCUGCCGCUGCGUCUCCUCGUCCGGCUCCUCGGGCGGCCGACAUCGGUGGACGUUCUGUCUGUGUCCCUGGGCGUCUCGAGGGCUCUCCGCCCGCCGCGUGCAUCCUGCCGGCCCCGGUGCGCUGGCGGCUGGCGGCGCGACGAGCGGCGCCUCGGUGCGCGUCGAACCGAAGACGUUCUUCGCGAACGAAAGGACUCUUCUGCAGUGGAUGAACACCGCAGUCCUCAUUGCCACCAUCUCGAUUACGUUGAUGAACUUCGGGAACCCCGUCGGAAGGGUCGCGGGCCUCCUCAUGUCGCCUGUCGCGGUUUUUUUCAUCGGCUACUCCUUCUGGGUGUACCUUCGCCGCGCGCGUGCGCUGGAGAGGAAAGAGCCCAUAGAUUACAACGACAAGCUAGGUCCGUCCAUUCUUGUGGUCACGUUGAUGGUUUCGUUGUCAGCAGUCAUUCUGCUGAAUCUCCUGUAUCCUCGGGGCGACGAGCCGGUGCCGGAGGCAGUCCCCAUACCGGCCAGCAGCGCGGACGCGUCGUCGUCUCUGCUGAUCUCACCUUCGUCUCUCCUGCCCUCUGGCGCGCGUCGCCCGCAUUUUUCGCACGCCGGCGAGGAGGAUCCUGCUUCGUCAUUGGAGGCAAAGCAUCCGGUCGGCGGCCAGGUGGCGACGCCCGCGCUAGAUGUGACCCCGUCUCGUCCAGCGGCGGCGUCUGCUGCGGCUGCCGCCCUCGCCGCGUUGCAAGCAGCCUCUUCUGUAGCCGACGCGACGGGCGUUUUCGGGGGUGCGCCGGAAGCGGCUGUGCGUGCACAUGCGCGGGCUGCGGAGGCGCAUGCGGUGGCCGCGCGGGCCGCUGCGAGUGCAGCUGCGGAGGCCGCGCGGAUCGCUGAGGAAGCCACGCGGGCUCUCGAGGGCGGAAAAGGUGAAAAGCGGGGCGCGGCAAGCAGCCUUUCGAGAAGGCGCACGCGCAGCGGCAAACAAGAGAGUGAGAGCAAGGCGACCCCCAGCGCAAGACACGGCGAUGGCGUAGGUUACCACCAUGAGGCCAAUGCAGACGACAGGGAUAUGCGUGGCGGAGAAGCAUGA